UUAUAGAUUCGCACUGUAUUUAUUCGUCACCCCUGUGUUCCCCUACAUAUGUCAAUUUUACUGCCAGCAACACAAAAUGCAAGAAUGCAUCCAGUUUCACUACAGCUCUUCGCGUUUACAAGUGGUGAGCGCUAGCUUUCGGAACGCCCUUCUGAUUGGCCGAGUCAAUGUCAGUGACAUCAACCAACUUACUUUUGAUUGGAAGGCUGGUUGCUGGGACUGUAGCGUUUGCAGGAAGUCACUUAACUGUUUGCGAGCUGGAAACCCGAAGCUGGAGUUCUUUUUUGUCAUAAGAAUGGGCACAACUGACUAGGGAAGGUGCGUCCCACAGUUCCGCAAAUUGGAAUGUGAGCCAGGAGGCCUGCACCAGCUACCAAACCGAGAGGCACUCCUGAAGAUGAGCGGCAGCUCCUUUCCAGCCUCCCGGCUGUUACCCUUUUAAAUGUCAGCGUUGGAGGCUGUAGGGGUAGCACGAGGCAUCGAAACCGAACAGUCGGAUUGGCCGCACGCCUCAGUUCUAGACGCACCUCUCCACCGAAAGGCAGUUCUGACUGGCAGGGGGAGAAAGUAAACAGAGUUGAAUCACCCUCCCCACUGGCCAAUUGGAGGGGGUUUGGAUUGUGACGUGAUGGGAUUCUGCAAAAUUGUUACUGAGCAAGAGAAUGCCGGAACGGUGCGGACCGCCAGGAGCAGGGGCACAGAAGCUGUCAGUGGACUGGGGAGAAAGUGUCUAUUAGACCUGGCGCUUGGUCCGGCCCUUGCCACCUGCGUCCGGGUGGUCGGGUGAAUUCCUGGGGCUUCGGAUCGACGGAGAGGCGGCCGAGGGCGUGUACCUCUCUUGCAGUUUCCUCUCCCAGCGCCUCGGGGGCGUUUGCAGUCGAAUAAACUUGCGACUGCCACGUGUGGCAUCUUUCCAAGGGAUCCGGCUCAGAGCGGCCGGCGCGCCCGUCGGGGGGAUCGCCCCCGGUGCCGGGCAGGGGCGGCGGCUAGAGGCGGCAGCGCGGCGGAGCCCGGGGCCGUGGAUGCUGCGUGCGGAGGCGCUGCCGGUUACGUAAAGAUGAGGGGCUGAGGUCGCCUCGGCGCUCCUGCGAGUCGGAAGCGCCCCGCGCCCCCGCCCCCUUGGCCGGCGCGCCGCGCGGUGCUGCGCCGCGUUCGUCGUCCGAGGCGAGGGCAGGGUAAGCCGAACCUCCGCAGCCACCGCCAAGUUUGGCCGCGCCGCCGGGGCUCUGUCGCCCGCACCAUGUCCGCGGCCGCCUACAUGGACUUCGUGGCUGCCCAGUGUCUGGUUUCCAUUUCGAACCGCGCUGCGGUGCCGGAGCAUGGGGGUGCUCCGGACGCUGAGCGGCUGCGACUACCUGAGCGCGAGGUGACCAAGGAACACGGUGACCCGGGGGACACCUGGAAGGAUUACUGCACGUUGGUCACCAUCGCCAAGAGCUUGUUGGAUCUGAACAAGUACCGACCCAUCCAGACCCCCUCGGUGUGCAGCGACAGUCUGGAGAGUCCGGAUGAGGAUAUAGGAUCCGACAGCGACGUGACCACCGAAUCUGGGUCGAGUCCUUCCCACAGCCCGGAGGAGAGACAGGAUCCUGGCAGCGCGCCCAGCCCGCUUUCCCUCCUCCACCCUGGAGUGGCUGCGAAGGGGAAACACGCCUCCGAAAAGAGGCACAAGUGCCCCUACAGUGGCUGUGGGAAAGUCUAUGGAAAAUCCUCCCAUCUCAAAGCCCAUUACAGAGUGCAUACAGCUUCUUCAAGAAUUGCCCUAGUCUGCUCCAGCUGCUAUAACAAAGAUCCACAUCUGGAUAGCUUAAACAGAAACGUAUUUCCUCACAUUCUGGAAGCUAGCAGUCCGUCAUUAAGGUGCUGGCAGGGUGAGCGGCCCUUCCCCUGCACAUGGCCAGACUGCCUUAAAAAGUUCUCCCGCUCAGACGAGCUGACCCGCCACUACCGGACCCACACUGGGGAAAAGCAGUUCCGCUGUCCGCUGUGUGAGAAGCGCUUCAUGAGGAGCGACCACCUCACAAAGCACGCCCGCCGUCACACGGAGUUCCACCCCAGUAUGAUCAAGCGGUCGAAAAAGGCCCUGGCCAACCCUUUGUGAGGUGCUGCCCACGAAAGCCAGGGAGGGAUGGACCCCAGAAGGACAAAGUUACUCCCAGCAAACAGACAGACACAUGGAAACUAAGCCCCAGAAGAGGCACGCUGACAGCACAGGAAGUCACUGUUCUUUGGUCAAUAUUCUGAUUUUCCUCUCCCUGCAUUGUUUUUAAAAAGCACAUUGUAGCCUAAGAUCAAAGUCAACUCUUGGUCCCCUUACAGAGGCAACUCUGCACUGUCUCUGACUGUUGGAGGGAAGGCAAAUGCUUUUCUUUUUUCUCCUUUAUUUUGGG